AUGUUCGACAAUGAUCAAACCCGCUGGACAGCAGUGAGAACCCGCAACCAUGCUGCAGAUGGCGCAUUUGUCUACGCCGUCCGCACGACCAAGAUUUACUGCCGACCGAUAUGCAGCGCCCGUCUCGCGCGACGGGAAAACGUCACAUUCUACCCCAGCUCAAAGGAUGCCGAGUCUCAUGGCUUCCGACCAUGCAAGCGUUGCAAACCAGGGGACCGCGGCACGAUCCCCGACUCGGUCGCCGUGCAGAAGCUCAGAUUGUUCCUCGAGGGGCGAUCUGGCCAAUUUGACGCCUCGACGCUAGACGAGAUGGCGAGCCAGGCUGGGAUAUCGAAAUGGCAUUUCCACCGCUUGUUCAAGAAGCAUGUCGGGUUGACGCCGGCGGAGUACAUUCGGUCAUCUCAGGACCGGUGUCUGACGGAGCGCCGUGAGCUGGCCGAUAGCCAGUCGACUGGGGCGUCGGCAGAAAUGAGCUCGAUCGACGGCAGCGAGUCUGCAGUGGCAGAUUACUGGAGAGCUUUGGCAACUUCCAUCCUGGGAGGUGGACGAUGA